AUGCCCCCCAAGGCCGCCGACAAGAAGCCCGCCUCUAAGGCUCCCGCUACCGCCAGCAAGGCUCCCGAGAAAAAGGACGCCGGCAAGAAGACCGCUGCUUCUGGCGAAAAGAAGAAGCGCUCCAAGACUCGCAAGGAAACUUACAGUUCUUACAUCUACAAGGUCCUGAAGCAGGUCCACCCUGACACCGGUAUUUCCAACCGUGCCAUGUCUAUUCUGAACUCGUUCGUCAACGAUAUUUUCGAACGCGUUGCUACUGAGGCAUCCAAGUUGGCGGCUUACAAUAAGAAGUCAACCAUUUCUUCCCGAGAGAUCCAGACAUCCGUUCGGCUCAUCCUACCCGGUGAACUUGCCAAGCACGCUGUCUCAGAGGGUACCAAGGCUGUCACCAAGUACUCCUCGUCCACGAAAUAA